AUGGAAAGCCACAGCCAUGGACUGGUCCUCACGCUGAUGUUACAGGAGAUUCAGCACAGGGGAGCUAUCGCACUCAUCGCCAUACCGUCUGCCAUCCUGCCCACCUACCCACCUGCCAUCCUGCCCGCCUACCCACCUGCCAUCCUGCCCGCCUACCCACCUGCCAUCCUGCCCGCCUACCCACCUGCCAUCCUGCCCGCCUACCCACCUGCCAUCCUGCCCGCUUGGCUAGCGCCUGCCAUCCUGCCCACCUACCCACCUGCCAUCCUGCCCGCCUACCCACCUGCCAUCCUGCCCGCCUACCCACCUGCCAUCCUGCCCGCCUACCCACCUGCCAUCCUGCCCGCCUACCCACCUGCCUGCCUACCCACCUACCCAUCCUGCCCGCCUACCCACCUCCUGCCCGCCUACCCACCUGCCAUCCUGCCCGCCUACCCACCCACCUGCCUGCCUGCCCGCCUACCCACCUGCCAUCCUGCCCGCCUACCCACCUGCCAUCCUGCCCGCCUACCCACCUGCCAUCCUGCCCGCCUACCCACCUGCCUGCCUGCCCGCCUACCCACCUGCCAUCCUGCCCGCCUACAUACCUGCCUGCCUGCCCGCCUACCCGCCUACCCACCUGCCAUCCUGCCCGCCUACCCACCUGCCUGCCUGCCCGCCUACCCACCUGCCAUCCUGCCCGCCUACCCACCUGCCAUCCUGCCCGCCUAA